AACUUUUAUGUUUGCUCUAGGUCUAAAGAUAGUAUGUACCAUGCCCUUGGAUACAGCACUAUUUUAGUUAUGCAGGCUGCUAUGACCUUUGAACAACAGGAUAUACAAAUGGGAAUUUCUACAAUGAAAGAAGCUUUGCAAACUUGCCAAAGAUUCAGGAAAAGAAACACAGUGGUAGAGUCCUUGUCCAAUCUAGUUUCUAAACAGUCAGUGGAUCAACUGAGUGAAGAGGAAAUGCAUGCUGAAAUCUGCUAUGCGGAAUGCUUACUACAGAAAGCAGCUCUCACCUUUGUACAGGAUGAAAAUAUGAUCAACUUCAUCAAAGGUGGCCUCAAAAUUAGGACAAGUUACCAAAUAUACAAAGAAUGUCAUCAGGUUCUACAGAUGACUCAGGGGAACAAAAGCAGAAAUGAAACUUACCACCAGUUUGAAGGAGGGGUAAAACUUGGAGUUGGAGCAUUCAAUUUGAUGCUGUCACUUUUACCAGCAAGGAUCCUCCGAUUUUUAGAAUUUAUUGGAUUUUCUGGCAAUAGGGAGCUGGGCCUCUAUCAGUUAUGGGAAGGAGCAUCUGGCAGCAGUUUGAGAGCCAUUCUGUGUACUUUUACCCUGUUGGUUUAUCAUACUUACGUCUCCUUAAUCCUUGGUGAGACCCACUGUGUAGCUCUUCAGUCAUACUAUGCAUUAUGACAGAUAUUCUGCUAU